UGCCCCAUGGCGCACUCGCUGCUACCUGUCCUGCUGCUGCUGCUGCCUCUGCUGGCCGCCGCGCAAUCCGAUGGUGAUGACUGCUUGUUUGUUGAUGGGCGAGAUGGCACUUGCAAGCCACUGCCACGCUGCACAGAGCUAUUUCAGCUGCUGCAGGCAUCACCCUCACGACAGACCAUAGAACUGCUUUCGCGCUCGAACUGUGGAUACCAGGGCAAGGUUCCAGUAGUCUGCUGCCCACAGCAAAAAAUCCAACCAAGUGGCUUUUCUUCCACUGAUGCUCUUCCUGCUCCUAUCUCAGAGCAGCCCAACGAUGUGAGUCUCCAUCCAAGAGUGGGUCUUUUACCAUUCAGUGAAUGUGGGCAUGCAGAGAAUGAUCGAAUUAUAGGUGGAAAUGAAACAGGAUUAUUUGAAUUCCCAUGGAUGGCUCUCUUAGGCUACAAGACACGUGAUAAUAAGUUCUAUGGAUUCCGUUGUGGAGGAUCACUUAUUAAUGGGAAGUAUGUCUUAACUGCUGCCCAUUGCAUACCAAAUCCACAUGACCCUUCUGGAUUAAAACUAUCCACGAUAAGACUGGGAGAGCAUGACCUCAGAAGCCCAAGAGACUGUGAAGACAAUGGGCUAGUUUGUGCACCAGAACCACAGGACUUUGAAAUUGAAUAUGCAAUUGCACAUCCAUCAUUCACGAAAGACAAACUUCAAAAUGAUGUUGGUCUUGUGCGUAUUCGAGGAGAAGCUCAAUUCACAGAGACAGUGAAGCCAAUCUGUUUACCAGUUGGAGAAGAGCAACAGUAUAUGAACCCUAACAAGAAGAGGAUGAUUGUUGCUGGCUGGGGAGUUACUGAAACAGGAACCAGCAGUUCAAAGCUUCUCAAAGUGACAGUUCCAGUUGUACCUGUACAAAGAUGUGCUGCAGCAUAUAAAAGAACUAGUGCAGUAAUUAACAUCAAACAGAUAUGUGCAGGAGGCUCUGAAGGGCGUGAUUCAUGUGCUGGAGACAGUGGAGGGCCUUUAAUGAUAAAUGAAAACAGUAACAAGGGUCCAGUGAUGGUGCAGUAUGGAAUAGUUUCAUUUGGCCCAAAGAAGUGUGCAUCUGAGGGCUAUCCAGGAGUGUACACAAGAGUGGCAUAUUACAUGGAUUGGAUACUUGACAAUAUGCAGCCAUGAAACUACAUUUUGUUUUCAUAAUGGAAAUGAAGACCACAAUUGUGAUACCUGUUGUAUAUAUUAUACUGUUUCUAUAGCAAUGACUGUUUUUAUUUAUUUUUGGCUGUAUUGUGUGAUCUUUAUCAUGCUAUAGAGAUCAUUUACCAAGAUAUAGUGGAAUAUUUUCAGAGUGUAUAUUCUGUAUAUAUGGUAAUUAUGCGCCUCUAACGAGGUGCUAUUUGUGAAGACUACAUGUCAGUAAUGUGGAUGAUGCAAUACACUAAUCAGAAUGCUACAGGCAUAGAAUAUGCUGCCUUAUUUCAGUCACAUUUAUACUGAUUGUUUGUAACAACAAUAAAAUGGAAGUUUUUGAAAUAAGGUAAUUUGCCUGAAAAUUUCUGGCAGUACAUGAAUUGUGUGAUUACAAGAAUAAGGUUAAAAGUACCUGGAACACAGCUGCGACAGCUGGUUAAAAGACUGGAUAACACCCUAAUUUAUCAUAUUAUAGUUAAGACAUGAUGUAAAACUGUUACUUUAGGUGCCUGCUUCUUCAGAGCAUUGUAAUCUUAAAUGCUCAUUGAAUAGUACACCUUUGUCAGAUAAAAAACUGCAGGAGCAGUACUGAUGAGCUUUCAAUGUUACAAGAAAAAUUUUUGAUUUACAUUACUGUUGAUCAUUACAGUUUUCUUGCUUAUAAUGCAUGAAAGAAAGAAUGUUUCUUCACAAAAUAUACCUUCAAUUUUAUUUAUAUCAAAUGCUGUUGAUUGUGAUACUAACAUUAUGUGAUAAAUGUGUGUUGUGAUAAAUAAACUUAAUGUCUGAUCGUCAUUAUUUUCACUAAAACCACUGUGAACUAAGAAACAAAAUUAACUGAAUAAGUAUUAUCUAAAUCUAUUGUUGUUAGAAAUACAUUCAAUGCAAAAAGAGUGUGGAUGUGUCAUUCCUCUGUUUACACAUUAUUUGUACUAUUAUACUGUCUAGCCAGUGAAUCACGUAAUUUUGAGAACCUAAAAUUGUUGCUCAUCAGCUGCUUGUUUAACAUUGAGAGAAUAAGAGAGAAUUUUUGUUUUUAAAUUGUUGUGCUCAGAUUUACAUCUCAACAGUUGAGGAUUUAAACUUGAUAAUAUUGUGUUUACAUUGUUAUCUAAUUGACUUUUUUAUAUUAAUAUAUAUUCAUGUGACAGAAAAGUAUAAAUUUUUUAAGGUGUGAAAUUACGAAUAUUAACACCUGAACUAAGCUUAAACUGUCAACUGUAACAGUAUUAGUUAGAAUUAAGGUAAGUUCCAGUUAAUUAUUUAAACUAUCAGUACAGUUUCAGAAAGAUAACCAAAUGAGAAUCUGACAGUAAUUCAAGAAUCAUCCCUUGAGAGUCAAAACCAUACUGGAGCACUACAAUAUUUGUGCAAUAUCAGGAUGCUAGUUAGCAAAAAUCCCUUCAACCAAUAAAAAGGAUAAUCUGCAACAGCAUCAGAAAAACAGGUCUUGCCUGGUAAAGAAUUUUGAAAAUUAGCUGAACUAGUGACAAAAGAUAAGACUGGGUGACAUUUUAAAUUCACACAAACCAU